AUGACUGCCAAUGAGUAUGGGGUUUCUUUCUGGUGUAAUGAAGAUGUUCUGGAAUUAGAUAAUGAUGAUGGGAUCAAGAAAUGCAGAAAUUACUAUGAAAUUCUAGGAGUUUCUCGAAAUGCCAGUGAUGAAGAGCUUAAGAAAGCUUACCGAAAACUUGCCCUGAAAUUUCACCCUGACAAGAAUUGUGCUCCUGGAGCAACUGACGCUUUCAAAGCAAUAGGAAAUGCCUUUGCAGUCCUGAGUAAUCCUGACAAGCGACUCCGCUACGAUGAAUAUGGAGAUGAACAGGUGACUUUCACUGCCCCUCGAGGCAGACCUUAUAAUUAUUACAGGGACUUCGAAGCUGACAUCACUCCAGAAGAGCUAUUCAAUGUCUUCUUUGGAGGACAUUUUCCUACAGGAAACAUUCAUAUGUUUUCAAAUGUGACAGAUGACAGCCACUAUUACCGCCGGCGGCACCGACAUGAGCGGAUGCAGACACGGAAGGAAGAAGAAGAAGAAAAGCCUCAGACCACGUAUUCUGCAUUUAUUCAGUUACUUCCAGUUCUUGUGAUUGUGAUUAUAUCUGUCAUUACUCAGCUGCUAGCUGCUAAUCCCCCAUACAGUCUAUUCUAUAAAUCGACCUUGGGCUACACCAUCUCUAGAGAAACGCAGAACCUGCAGGUGCCUUACUUUGUGGAUAAAAACUUUGAGAAGGCCUACAGAGGAGCAUCUCUCCGUGACCUGGAGAAGACGAUAGAGAAGGAUUACAUUGAUUACGUCCAGACAAGUUGUUGGAAGGAGAAACAACAAAAGUCGGAAUUGACAAAUUUGGCAGGAUUAUACAGAGAUGAACGACUGAAACAGAAGGCAGAGUCGCUGAAACUUGAAAACUGUGAAAAACUUUCCAAACUUAUUGGCCUGCGCAGAGGUGGCUGAGAGGAUGCUAGUCCUACACAGGGUUGGGGUUUUGCUACUUGUUACUAUUUAUGUUCCUAAUUCCAUUUUAUAAUACAAAAUUAGGAAAUGACGAACAUUUUACAAGUUGCUAACUUUGGUGGGCAGAGCUGAAGGCACUUGAGCAUGGAGCCAGACUUGUCAUCACAGAAGCCUUCCUGGGGAUUGGCUCCAGGGGCCACGAACAGUUCAUCUGAAUUGAAUUAAAGGCAAAGCAUUUGAUGCAGCCCCUCUGCUCCUUGCCUACCCUGCCUCUAGGAUUGUAGUUCAGGCAUCCCAGGGCAGAUGCACAUUGUCUUCCUCCUUCCCUUCUUCAGUUAAGUCUCCAUACCCAGUCAUUCCUAGGCAUGGCCAAAGCAGCUUCAUAUUAGUUGUUUACAGUGUACACCAAGAAUGAUACCUCUCCCUUCCUGUGAGUCAUCGUGGCCCCUGGCAUUCAGCCCUUGGAACAGGUGCCUGCCCAACUUCGCAUUUUCUAAGGGAAAUGUGGAGAGAUGUAAACUAUUAUUACAAUCAAUAGUUUUCCAUUUGCCUAUCUCUGUUCAGAGUUACUAGCAUUAGCAAACUGCCUGAUUUGAGUUUCUUUUACUUCCUUAACUCUCUCUCUUGUAGAGGGUCCAGAAAGUAAAAGCCACUGCGUGAAAGAAACAGUUCCAUGGACAGCCCAGCAGCAGAAAGCAGGGACCCAGGGAUGAAGGUAAAACGCAAGACUGAGUCUCAGCUUCUCGGUGCAGGUUCCCCAGUCCGUCACAGACCCGGAGAAUAUGGGUGGUUUUUUGCCAUUUCCCCUUGCAGCAUCACACUUGACCGGAGUCCCUACACCCCACAGAAGGACAGUGGUCAGACCUAAAGCAGGUAUUGCUGGCCACCCAGGCUUGUUGCUCAAGCCUAGAGCUGGAGGGGAAAGACCCUCUUUCCAUUGCUUUGGAGGUCGGUGUUGGUCCCAGCCGUCCCUGUCUUUACCCCAGGGCCCCAUAGCUUGUGACAUGAGAUGCCUUUUCGUGUAGUCAACAUUUAUUGAGUGCCUAGUAUGAAGCAGGAGCUCUCACAUAUAUUUUUUUAUUUUAGCCUCCUCACAACUCUGUGAAGGAGACAUGUUAUCCCUUUGUUUAUGAAAGAGAACAUUGGCCCAGAGAUGAUGAAUGGCUGACCCAGUCAUACAGCUGGUAAUGGCAGAGCGAGGUGGUAGGCUGACCCUGGGACCCUGUAUCCUUUUUACGGCAGUCCUGCGUUCACUCCAGAUACCUUCCUCCCUGGCCUUGAGGAAGCAAGACCCUGUCUAUAACAAUUCCGUAUACAAAACAAGAGGUCCCUCAAAAGCAGGCAGCCCUUCCCACUGGUGACAAGGAAGAGGUAAAUUACUGCCUAGGCCCCGUGGUUCUGGGCCCUCUCGUCUAGGUGAACUACCAGGGUUGAGCUGCCUAGAUCAUCAUGAGUCAGAACCUGGAAGAUCAAUAGGUGACUGUAGUUUACACUCCAUGUUUUCUUCAGGAGGAAAGGAAAGUUCCUAUAUCAAAACUGAUUUCCAAAGUAGAGUUUGUCCUUUCAGAGGCACAGCCUUGAUUUAGGCAGACAUGUCUAGCAUGGUUCAACAUGGACAUUUCACAGGGUCAGGAGAUGGGUCCAGAGGUGAAGAGUGGAUCUUUGGUGGCUGGUAGGGGACACCUGCUCGGCUGUGGGGAGGGGAGCAGCUCCAGAGAUAGCCAGAUUUUGCUGCUCAACUAGGUCUAUCUUCCUGGUUUGGGGGACUUCCUUGAUCCUUUCUGAGUAGCUGAGGGGAUCUACACUAUAAAAUAUGCCUGUGAGCCAAACAGGCUUAUGGAAAGAUUCCCUAUACACACACAAAUCAAAGCUCUCCCCUCCCCAGCUCCAGUCUCUGCUAGAAAAAAGGGGCCAUGAUUAAAUUGACUUGACAUGGAUUUCAUGGCAGAGAUGAGUUACCUAUGAUGACACUAAAGAGAGGUAGAACUACAUUAAACAUCAGGUCUCUUGUCUGUUUUCAUAGCACGGAUGGUACUGUUGUGUUUAUCACCUAAGAGACUACACCACCUCUGGCUUUCCUCAGCAGAAGGGUAUUUGCCUUUGUUGAAGAAUAGUUUAAUCCAUUUGGCACGGUCCAGAAUAUGGCUACACUUUAAUUUCCUGGGUUCUAUUUUAGAUGGGUUGUCUGCAUGAUGGUAAAAUAAGCGUCUUCCUCUUGCCUACAUCUUUUGGAAGGGUUCCUGAUGAUGUAUAAACUCCUUAGGUCAGGCUGAUUCUUGCUGUGUUGCCAUGUCGCUCUCUGCAUUAAUGCAGAAUGGAGAGCUCUGAGGUGGGAGUGGGGCUAAGAAGCAGGGCUAGCGGCUCAAGCAGAAGGUGAAGCUCCCACUCAUCAGAAUGAAAGGACACUCUGCGCCGCCUGAUCAGCAGUGGGGAGGGGAGGGGGAAAACCCUUCUCACACAGAAGACACCACAGCUUCAAGGAAUCCGUGUCCCCACAUUAGCAACCCUGGGGUUCAUCUGUUCAAACCAGAAAACUUCUGAACUUCCUUGAUCAGCUCCAGGCCUCCCAGCUUGGGACAACUGACCAGUAAGAAAAUGCCGUUGCUGUGCUUUCUGUUGGAAACUCUUAGAAAUUACACUGAACUCCAAACCCCACUGGAACAUGGGAUCCAGCAGCCCCGCCAAGCCUUGUGUUGUUCCUCAUUUUCAUCCUCACGCUCAGGACUGGCUUUGUGAGGAGACACUGGUGGGAUUCCAGAAGUUUUCUGUUACAACUGGCCACACUUGCUAGUUCAUUGUCUCUGCAUGCUCUGUUCCUCACAGAAGCUAGCUCUUAAUUAGUAUUUAUUUUGGACUCAUUUAUGGUAUAAGCUUAGUGUUCUAAUAUAUUUAUUUUUGGAAAGGGCCAAGUUACUCUACAUCAUAUUUUUUGAGCCUGCAUUGUUGAUACCUCCUGCAAUGACCACCGAGUAACUAUAUAUCCAUGUGUUCGAUAUUGAGUACAUCAUUUGCAUCACACUCAGUAUUUGGAAUCAAAGAUGUGAAUGUUCUGUGACCAGAGCCGGGUUUGACACGGAUGGAAUCAGCUCCUGGGGAAAUACGAAUCCUGAAAACUCUGGUCACCUGAUCCACUGCAUCUGGAUUGAGUGUAAUUUAACAGAGAAAGAAAUUAAAUGAUUUUAUAUAAAAAGAA